AUGAGCUCAUUCACCGCUGUCUCUUCUUCAACCAGGCCUUUCUGCCUCGUCAAAUCGUCCAUCAACAUCGACGAAACUUUCCUGGUACCACACAUUGUCCGACCGGGCGAAACCAUCUCUUCGUCUGAGCUUGUCUCUCGCCCCGGUGGCAAGGGGGCCAACGUCUCAGCAGCUAUCGCACUUGCGGGUGCAUCUGUCUCCUUCUCAGGUGCUGUCGGCAAGGACGCGCCAUGGCCACUAGACGAGCUCAAAGCUCGCCAUGUCAUGAUUGAUGGUGCCGAGAUUCUCGACAAUACUCCGACGGGCCGAGCUUUCAUCCAGAUUGCAGAAGAUGGCGAGAACAGCAUUGUCUUGCUCAAGGGAGCCAACUUUGCAACACACAGCAGGUCAGCUGAUCCUGUCAAAUCUUGGACAUCUCAAAUCACGCACUUGGUGCUGCAAAACGAGAUCCCGUUACCGACGACGAUUGCCUUCUUGCAGCAUGCCAAGUCAAAGAAAGUAGAGGGCCAUGUGACGACAAUUUUCAAUCCCUCUCCUAUGCUCACGCAGAGCCAAGUGGAACAGUUCCCAUGGACGAGCAUCGAUGUCUUGGUUGUCAACGAAGGAGAAAGCAUCGAGCUUCUUCGUGUUCUUCAACCUGAUGCAGCCAAGUCGCUCGAAUCGCUUCCAGAAGGAGAGGACAGAUCAACUCGAGUCUUGCAAGCGCUUUCAUCGGUCGAGCAGCUUCAAGAGACUGCAUGGCUCGUGCUUACGCGUGGCGGUGAGGGAGUAAUGGCCAACGUGAUACUUUCAGAGAGCCAAACUAAGCGAAGUUUUUUCAACGUUGCGCCGUUCAAGCCAAGACAGGUCAAGGAUACAACGGGCGCAGGCGAUACGUUUGCAGGUAAUCUCGUAGCUGCUCUCAUGGGUCACAAUGUGGAUGCGGAUCGAGGGCUGGUCAAGUCGGCUAGGCCAACCGAGGCGAAAUUCGUAGAGGAUGCAUUGAAAUGGGCCUCCAAAGCGGCAAGUCUGGCAUGCGAGAAGGAAGGCGCUAUGCAGAGCAUACCGAGUGCGGAAGAGGUCAAAGCGAGGAGCGCAUAA